UCUGAGAGAUAGAUAUACAUAUACGUAGCGAGAUUUGUACGUACAACGUUGCCGUUACACAUUUAAGGUACCUUCAUUCGGGACCGUCAGAUUUGUCAUGGCGAAAGGAUGGCUGGAGAGGCUUCGGAGGGUCGUACGGACUCUAUUCUUCAUGGUGGCGAUGGUGGUGUCACUGCUGGUCUCGUCGCUACCUUUGCUUGUGGCCUCAGGGGACGUGCUCGUUCCCUGUGUUCUGAUCUCGAGCUUUACCUGUCUCCGUUGCUACGGUUUCAAAGAGCACUUUCGUCGAUACGCUUUCAAGAGCUCCUUGACCGAUAUUCCUUUCGUCUCCGUUGUCAGAUCUCUUAUCAUUAUUUGUGUUUAUUCAAUGUGUGAUGCCCCUACUCUCUCGCAUGGUCCAUACCUUGGAACUGUGACUCUGUGUUCAUUUCUCUCAAUUCUUCUCCUUUCAGUUAAGGCUUGUCUUUUCACCGUUAACUCUCAAAUUGAGGCCGAAGCCUCGUCUUCCCUCUCUCGGCAGAAGCUUCAUUUGAAGAAGUCGUGGGGAAUGCCCGUCUUGUUUCUGUCAUCCGUAGUCUUUGCCCUUGGCCAUACCGUGGUUGCAUACAGAACAAGCUGCAGAGCACGGAGAAAGCUCUUGUUUCACAGAGUUGACCCUGAAGCAGUCCUUUCAUGCAAAAAUGGUUUUUAUGGCUUCCAGAAGGUCCCACGGUCUCCCACUCCCUCUGGAGGCAAGACUCCUAAAAGUGACAGUGAGAUGAGGCGAAAGCCUUUAGGGUCACCUCGUGAUGAAGGGGAACUCCCUAUCAGAUUACUUGCCGACAUUGACAGUUUAUUUAUAACAUGCCGUGGGCUUACUCUACAUUACAAGCUCUGUUUUCCUGGCUCUCCACCUCGUUCGUUAUCCUCCACCACCUAUCUCGAACCCAAUCCUAUCUGCAGCUCCCCGAAAAUGGUCAUGGGAAGGCCAAGAUUCGACGGGCAUCCAAUGAGUAUGUUGUCAAAAAGCCAGUUUCAACUUCACAGGAGCUACAGCAAUCAGUUUCAUGGCUCUUCACUACAUGCUCCACUAUUGGAUGGUUCUACAAUUCCUGUUCUUUCUGAAGAAAUCCCUGUCUUGAGCCUAGAUGACACUGGUGAGGAGGUUGAAGUUAAUAGGUUUAGCUCUGCAACUUUAGAGGGGGGUUUGCAGGCAAAUGGCCAGUUUGGUAUUGUUCUAGUGCAUGGAUUUGGGGGUGGUGUCUUCUCAUGGAGGCAUGUGAUGGGGGUGCUGGCUCGACAGGUUGGUUGCACAGUUGCUGCUUUUGAUCGACCUGGUUGGGGAUUAACAUCAAGACCACGCCGGGAGGCCUGGGAGGAAAAAGAAUUGCCUAAUCCUUUCCAGCUUGAGAGUCAGGUAGAUCUGCUCAUUUCCUUCUGCUCUGAGAUGGGGUUUUCGUCUGUAGUUCUUGUUGGUCACGAUGAUGGAGGCCUACUUGCUUUAAAGGCUGCACAAAGAGUCCAAACAUCAAUGAAUUCUUUCAAUGUUGUGAUUCAAGGUGUGGUAUUGCUAAGUGUUAACUUGACAAGAGAGGUGGUUCCGUCCUUUGCAAGGAUUCUUCUGCACACUUCACUUGGGAAGAAGCAUUUGGUGCGGCCUCUACUGCGAGCAGAAAUUGCUCAAGUGAUUAAUCGGCGUGCAUGGUAUGAUGCUUCCAAGCUAACAACAGAGAUUUUGAAUCUCUACAAGGCACCCCUAUGGGUAGAAGGUUGGGAUGAAGCACUUCAUGAGAUUGGUAGACUGUCAUCUGAGACAGUCCUUUCACCACAAAAUGCAGAAUCGUUGCUAAAAGCAGUUGAAGACAUGCCCGUGUUGGUUAUUGCCGGAGCUGAAGACGCCCUUGUAUCUCUUAAAUCUUCUCAAGCUAUGGCUUCAAAAUUAGCAAAUUCUAGACUGGUUGCGAUAUCUGGAUGUGGCCACCUUCCACAUGAAGAGUGCCCCAAGGCAUUACUUGCAGCUGUAGCACCCUUCAUUAGCGGACUCAUAUAUAAACCCGACUUGCAAAGACAAUAGGAAACCUUUUUAACUAUAGGGUCGCUUUUUUCUUUUCUUUUUUUUUUUCCCCAUUUUGCUUUAUUUACUUUUGUUUUUCUUUCGGUCUUUUUUUUUUCUUUUUCUGGUUCUUCUGAUCUUUUCUUCUCUCUCUGAUCAAUUUACCCCAAGAGAAAGAGGCAAAUGGAAUCUCUUCUUUUGGGUAUUUUUGAUGUGCUAGUUUGGAGCUUAACCCUAACCCAUAAUCUCCAGGGGUUGUAUAGCUCUCUCACUUGUAUUUUUCAUUUUUUUUUUUUUUUAAGUUUUAGUUUUUGCACGAAUUUUCAUUCCAGGAAUGCUUGCUUGAACAGAUGGUUAUUUUCCACUAAAGGAGUGGAAGAUGACAUAUAUUUGUACAUAAAUCAGAUUGGGAAAUUCAUCAUU